ACAAUGAGUAAAUUUGUUGGGAUUGACAAUAAAUAAAGAGGCAAAUCCAUACGGAUAGUUUAGUCUGUUGUUAAUCUCUGCAAGCAACAGUUGCGGAUCAACAAUGAAGUUUCUGUGCAUUUUUGCUUUAGUGGCUCUAUUUGUGGCUCUGUCCGUUGGUGCACCAGCCCAAAAGACCAACUUCAACGAAUGUCUGAAGGCCUGCGGAUAUCACUAUUCCCCAAUUUGUGCUGGUCCCAAGGAGGGAGCUGAGAAACCUCAAACAUUCGGCAAUAUGUGCGCCCUUGAGACCUAUAAUUGUGAACACAAAACCGAGUGGGAGGUGAAAUCCCAAGGAGAAUGUCCAGGUGGUGGCGCCAUUAGAUUGCAGUGAUAUCCAUUUCCUCAAAAAAUUCCUCUCUAUACCACAAAAAAAAUUUCCCACAUAAAAUCAAUUUCUUCCACCAAACAAUUUACGUUCAAUUGAACUUCCAUUUGAGUUGGAAAUCAACAGACGAAAACACCCUCUGACUCACAAUAGUGAUCCAUUAGAUAAGAGUUAAUAUAACAUUGUUUGCAAAAAAAAAAAAUGUAGAGAUAAACUCAUUGGAUUUCCAGCAAAAUUCCUCACGCAGUCAGUGUUAUUGGAAGUGUUUUUGAGACACUGACCGAAGAGGGAAGUCAGGAAAACUAAAUUAGAGAUUGGUCAGGAGACAACCUAAUUGUGCACAAGUUUGUGAAUUCGAUAUACCGUCUGUAUUACUAUCGAGUGUUGUACAUCUAAUUUUGAUUUGAGUGAUGAAUAAAAAAAAACGUUGAACAACACCA